AGAUGGAAAUCGUCACUUUGCGCCGAACCACCCACCCGAACGCACGCACGCGGUGUUGCUCCACGAACGUCGUAACCCUAGGGCGGCCGUCGUCCUACCGCGCUUCCUCGGAGCUGACCUCCCUCUCCACUUCCUUCUCAGAACUCAAUGGAGGACGAAACUAAUGCCAAGAAAGAAGAGGAAGAAUUCAAUACAGGACCCCUCUCUGUUCUGAUGAUGAGUGUCAAGAAUAAUACUCAGGUGCUUAUUAAUUGCAGGAACAACAAGAAACUACUUGGUCGAGUGAGAGCAUUUGAUCGCCACUGCAACAUGGUCCUAGAAAAUGUUAGGGAGAUGUGGACCGAGGUACCCAAGACGGGCAAGGGGAAGAAGAAAGCUCUUCCAGUCAACAAGGAUAGAUUCAUCAGCAAGAUGUUCCUUCGUGGAGACUCUGUCAUCAUUGUGCUACGUAACCCCAAAUGAAGAUUCAAAUUCGAAGUGGAGAUCGCCAAUAGCUUGUUAACGGGGACUGACUUGUUAACUUGUUUCAUGGUUAGCUUGAUGUUAUAGUCGUGUUGUUAUGUGCUGAACAUUGUUAAUGUAAAAAAAAACAUGGGCGAGAAAGUUGUGUUGCUUAGGUGUGAUCUUAAACUAUGCUAGAUCCAUUAUCUAUUUUGGUCUGUUUAUCUA